CAGACUCUAAGAGAACGAAUAAGCACAGAAUUCAAAGCAUUCUUCAGCCUGAACUUUUAAGGAGUGCAUUUGGGAACUAGGAAAGCUGAUUUAUGAUAACUGCUUUAAACUCAAGCGACCAAAAGUAUACGAAUUAGGAGUUGCUGACAUUUCAAUAUGAAGGACAACUUCAGUCUUGCCACCAUCAGCAAAAAUCUUACCAGCAGUCUGGGACUUGGGAACAUAUCUGCCAACAAUGAGUCCACCUUUAACUGCUCACAUAAACCAUCAGAUAAGCAUUUAGAUGCAAUUCCUAUCCUCUAUUACAUUAUUUUUGUGAUUGGAUUUUUUGUUAAUACUGUUGUGGUUACACUGUUUUGUUGUCAAAAGGGUCCUAAAAAGGUUUCUAGUAUUUACAUCUUCAACCUGGCUGUGGCUGACUUACUUCUUUUGGCUACUCUUCCUCUCUGGGCAACCUAUUAUUCUUACAAAUAUGACUGGCUUUUUGGACCUGUGAUGUGCAAGGUUUUUGGUUCUUUUCUGACCCUGAAUAUGUUUGCAAGCAUUUUUUUUAUUACCUGCAUGAGCGUUGAUAGGUACCAAUCAGUUAUCUACCCCUUUCUGUCUCAAAGAAGAAAUCCCUGGCAAGCAUCUUAUAUAGUUCCCCUGGUUUGGUGUAUGGCCUGUCUGUCCUCAUUGCCAACAUUUUAUUUCCGAGAUGUCAGAACCAUUGAGUACCUAGGGGUGAAUGCUUGUAUUAUGGCUUUCCCACCUGAGAAUUAUGCUCAAUGGUCAGCUGGGAUCGCCUUAAUGAAAAAUAUCCUUGGCUUUAUUAUUCCUUUAAUAUUUAUAGCAACAUGCUACUUUGGGAUCAGAAAACACUUACUGAAGACCAACAGCUAUGGGAAGAACAGAAUAACCCGUGACCAAGUCCUGAAGAUGGCAGCUGCUGUUGUCCUGGCGUUCAUCAUUUGCUGGCUUCCCUUCCAUGUUCUGACCUUCCUGGAUGCUCUGGCCUGGAUGGGUGUCAUUAAUAGCUGUGAAGUUAUAGCAGUCAUUGACCUGGCACUUCCUUUUGCCAUCCUCCUGGGAUUCACCAACAGCUGUGUUAAUCCCUUUUUGUAUUGUUUUGUUGGAAACCGGUUCCAACAGAAGCUCCGCAGUGUGUUUAGGGUUCCAAUUACUUGGCUCCAAGGCAAGAGAGAGAGUGUGUCUUGCCGUAAAAGCAGUUCUCUUAGAGAAAUGGACACCUUUGUGUCUUAAAAAUGAGAGUGGAAUGCAUGCAAUCAAUAUGGCUAAUUGUCCUGAGGCCCAUCUGAAUUAUCUUUAAAUGGCUUUAGCAACAGAAGUCCCUCCCCCAUUAUCUAAUCUUUAUUCACUCUUCUAUAACAGGAAACAAAGUGUAACUAAAUUUUAUCCUUCAGUGACUUUCAGGAAUUGUCCAUUGUUUUUCUGGUAUAUUGGU